AUGGAUGAAGAAAACUAUAAUGAUGAAUAUGAAAACUCUUUCUUGGGUGAUCUAGGUUAUGGUGAAGAGAAUCAAAACGAAGGUCAAUCUACCUCUCAAAUUGAGAACAAACCAAAGAUCUUCUUGAUGGGUUUAAAGAGAUCAGGUAAAUCAUCGAUUCAAAAAGUAGUAUUCCACAAGAUGCUUCCAAAUGAAACAUUGUUUUUGGAGAGUACAAGCAAGGUAGUAAAGAACGAUAUCUCGAACAGUUCGUUCGUUCAAUUCCAAAUCUGGGAUUUCCCAGGUCAACUCGAUUUCUUUGAUCCAGCCUUUGACUAUGAAUUCAUUUUGAACAACUGUGGUGCCAUCGUCUUUGUUAUCGAUGCUCAAGACGAGAUCACCGAAGCUCUCAUGAAAUUACAUCAAACUAUUGUUAAAGUUCAUCAAAUCAAUCCAAAUAUACAUUUCGAAGUAUUCAUUCAUAAAGCCGAUGGAUUGUCAGAUGACCACAAGAUCGACAGACAAAGAGACAUUCAACAAAAGGCAACUGACGAACUUGCAGAUGCCAACAUCCACAUUCACCCAAGUUUCUACGUAACCAGUAUUUACGAUCACUCUAUUUUCGAAGCAUUCUCUAAAGUCAUUCAAAAGUUGAUUCCACAGUUGCCAACUCUCGAGAAUUUACUUGAUGUUUUUAUUUCCAGAUCAAGAAUUGAAAAGGCAUUCCUUGUAGAUGUUGUAAGUAAGAUCUAUGUUGCCACUGAUAAUUCACCAGUCGAUAUGCAAACCUACGAGCUUUGCAGUGAUAUGAUUGACGUUGUCAUCGAUGUCUCUUGUAUCUAUGGUUUGAAAGAAGAGGAAGAGGGUCUUGGAUACGACCAAGAGUCACACUCUGUCAUCAAACUCAACAAUGGAAUGGUAUUAUAUUUAAGAGAAGUCAACAAAUAUCUAGCAUUGGUUUGUUUAUUACGUGAAUCAAAUUUCGAUAAGCAUGGUUUGAUCGAUUAUAACUUUAUGUGUUUCAAGAAAGCCAUUGAAGAAGUAUUUUCAAGAAGAACCGCUCAAAGUAAAAAGAAAGCAAUCAAGAAGAAUUAA